AUGGGCAUUGUCGGCAGAUACUCGAACCGGCGCAUCGGCCGACGCACCAAUGCCGUCACUAUCGCCCUUUUCUUCGUAUUGUUAUGGAUUUACCGUGAACAGCUUCAUCUUGACCGGGUUGGACUUGACUCCAGUCUGGUGCCUUGGAUCCCACGCCCACCGCAGGACGUAUUCGACUUCGAGCCCCUCAAUUCCGAGGUCAUCGAAUCAGUUUGUAACGCUACAGAAUGGGACACGGAUAAAAAUAAGCAAGUGGUUUUCACCUGCGAGAACAAUGUCGGCGGUAUAGGCAACAUUCGCAAUUCGAUCCUCAACUGCGUUAGGUAUACAAUGCUUGCGGGUGCAUCCUUGGUCAUGCCACGCAUCUUCAUACGGAACGAGUCUGAUAUCUCGGUAAUUCGCACUGGAGAGAGGGAGAACUUGGAGUACAUGUUCGACCGGGACCACUUCGUCAAGUCACUGCAGCUUUCUUGUCCGCAACUUCGCCUCUUCAACGACACAGACGAGGUGUAUGAGAGGCUCGGGCCUCCAAGAACCUGGUCUCUCGGCCUCUUUCCGGAAUCGCUUAUCAAGGAAGGCAUCCCAAGCACAGGCAUGGAACAUCCCGAACAGUGGAAGUCCUUGCUGUACGAAUGGCUCAACACCAUCGACGAGAAUAUCCAGACUGCGCCGACCGGUAGACCCACUAAUGGGCCUAUGUUAGUCGACCUAGGCAGGUCGUAUCUUACAUACCCGAUCAACAAAGAUGGCGAAGCCUUUGCGACCACGUUCGGAAACAUCCUCAAAUUUCGAGCCGAUGUGCGACAGCUCGCAACUGCCACAUUCCUCAGUAUCGGCCGUCACUUCUUCGGCGCCCACCUUCGCACCGAGAAGGAUGCACUAGACAGCUGGAAUCCCGUGGAUCCAAUGUGGGAAUGGUCUGAGUAUUCAAAGCAGACGGAGGCAUAUUUCGAUCAAGCUGGCAGAUGGGAUCUCUCGGUGAUGUAUAUCGCAUCCGGGAAUCAGACACAGAUGGCCUUGAUGGCAGAGGACGCGAAACCACGUGGAUUAACGGUCCUAACGAAGCAGGACCUAUUAGUUGGGAAGAACCGGAAGCAACUUGAUACCCUUGCGUGGGACCAUCAGGCGAUGAUAGAUUUUCUGGUCAUGCUUGGCGCCACGCAAUUUGGAGGAGUUGGCCAUUCAAGCUUCGCGUGGAAUGUGGCGCUUAAGAGACACAUUCUCUCUGUGGAAAAAGAGAGGUUUCUUGAGGGCCCGCAGAUGUUGAGCGAUGAGUUGAGUCAGAUAUAUGGAACACCCAAAAAGUACCCUGAGUAUGCCUCAUGUUUGUGGCCAUAA